UUACCCACCGCCGUCUCUUCCACUGGCGUGACUGCACAGGAUCUGGAUAACUACGCGAUCCAGGUUCGGCUCGAAGAGAUCAACCGCAAGCUGCGCUUGAACGACUAUAUCCCCCCAGAGCGCGAGCGUUCACCCUCCCCGCCACCGACGUACGAUGCCCAUGGUCGGAGGUCGAAUACACGCGAGGUUCGCUACCGUAAGAAGCUCGAGGAUGAGCGCGUCCGCCUCAUCGAGCGUGCAAUGAAGAGCGAUGCAACCUUCCGCCCUCCUCUCGAGUUUCAACACAUGCAGCGCAGGAACAGGAUACAGGACAAGGUGUACAUCCCAGUCAAGGAGUUCCCCGAGAUCAACUUCUUCGGUUUGCUGGUCGGUCCGCGAGGCAACAGUUUGAAGAAGAUGGAGCGAGAGAGCGGCGCUAAGAUAUCCAUUCGUGGAAAAGGUAGCGUGAAAGAGGGAAAGGGCAAGCCAGACCAAUUCGCAGAUGAUGCAGACGAGGACUUGCACUGUCUUGUCAUGGCUGAUUCUGAAGAUAAGGUGGCUGCUUGUGUGGACCUGAUCAACAAGGUUAUUGAGACAGCUGCGUCUACUCCUGAAGGCGAGAACGAUCAUAAGCGCAACCAGCUCCGUGAACUCGCCGCACUCAAUGGCACCCUGCGGGACGACGAGAAUCAAGUCUGCCAGAACUGCGGUAACAUUGGUCAUCGCAAGUACGACUGCCCCGAGCAACGCAACUACACGGCCAACAUCGUCUGCCGUCUCUGCGGCAAUGCUGGCCACAUGGCGCGUGAUUGU